CUUCACUUGUUGUAGUUAUUUAAUUUUGUUCUCUAUUAUUUUUUCUAUUUUGAGACAAUUAUUUAAUUUAUUUUUAGGCUUCAUACUCUGUUGAUCUGAUCGUGUUGUGUGUGUUUACGAUCAUUUCUGUCUAAAUUUAGUUAGUGCCAGAAACCCUACUUUCUCUCUCUAGAAUAGAUCUGACGACUCAUGUAUGAAUUCAAUCUGUACUCGCUUUAAUUAUCUGUGUUCAUAAUUGAUCUCUAGAAAAGCGGAGGAUUUGCUAAUUUUUUUGAUUUUUUCUUUCAUAUAUUAGCUGAGAAUUAUACGUUAUCAACCGAAAGUAAUCGGUUGAAUAAUUUUAUCGGGAAAUUAUGUAUUUUUCUUCACACCGGAAAAUGAAGUAAUACAGUACAUUUUCCCCAUCUGAUAUACUUUUAGUUGGAACCUCGUGGCCUUGAAUUCUCAUGUCUGCGGAUACAAACCUGGAUCUGUCUGAAUAACAUGUGAAAUAUAAUUGGGGUUCUGCUGCUGCUUGUGAAGAUGAAUUAUUGGGAUCAUCAGCAGAACAACACCUUUGUGGGGGCGAAUGAAGGGAUCAGAGGGUCUGUCUAUAUCUCUGAUCGGAAGGAUCCGGUUGUUUACCCCAAACCUCGGCGUCUUGGGCUUGUAAUUAACAAUCCUGUGAGGCCUUUAAGGUGUCAAAUAAGCCAAGCCGAGGUUUUUGAUUCAAAGGCGGGAGCAGAACUACUUGAUUUAAUUCUUAAGAAGGAAGGCUUUGGUUCAGAACAAUCUGCAACACAGUUGGCAUCAUCGCCCCCUUUUUUUACCGGAUCGCCCCCGAGCAGGGUUGCCAACCCAUUAAUCCAAGACGCCCGAUUUGGGGAUGAAAAGCUGACCUCAUUAUCAGCUUUGUCAAUCACAUCCCCUUCGAGUUUGUCGUCUUCAUCUUCAUCAGCUUGUAAAGGAGGGUGUGCUAGGAUGAAGGUUGGGCACAAACCGGCAGCUGUUAGAGUAGAAGGUUUUGAAUGCCUUAACAGGGACCGCCGAAGUUCCAGGAUAUCUGCCGUGGCAUAAAACUUCAUUGAUGAAACUGUACAUAUGGAAGCUAAAUGCCACCAGUCUAAACACAGCAAAAUUGACACAUGAAAGAGAUGCAAGCAAGCAAAUGAGUUUUGAUAUUUCCUUUUUGAACGCAGAGUGAUUUUAGUAGUAAUGUAUAUAUCACAUAUGUUUUUGCCAUUGAUCUGUCUCUCCUCUAAUAUGUAAGUAGUUUGAUUGAAGAGCAGAAACCCACCACUACCUUAUCCUGUCAUCUAAGGUUUGAUGUGUUUCCCGCCAGCUUCUUUUUUGUAAUAUAAGGACGACUAUUAUGAGGAAGGCUGAUUGAUUUCUUUUUGUUA